AUGGCUCCCCAAGUCUCGGGCUGGACUCCAAUCAAUGUCCCAACAGGUCGUCACGAAGUUUCCUAUCAGGCGAGGAUUCCCGGUGUCAGCAACGAAACAGCCAGCGAGGAACGCGCAAACCUAAGCCUGUCCAUGUCUGAGCGUGUUCGGAAGACAGGAAGGUUCCUCUUCACGUCCGAAGAGCGCAACCAUAUUAUAAAGUGGAUGGUCAAGGAGAACGCCGCUGGGGUGAUCGGACACGAGCAAGCGUUUCAAGCGCUGAUUACUGAGCUUGGCUUUAACGACUCAUCUCUCAGCCCUCAGGAGAAGACUUUGAUCCGUCAGAAAACUUCGCGCAAGAUCAAAGACUUGGUGGAGGUUAUGGUUGGCAAGCAGGCGCUCACUUACACCCAAGAAAAGAAACGUGGAGUGUGGAUCGCAAAGUACGCACCGUGGACCGCUACCUGGUUGCAUCCGGAAUGGGACGGGGAACUAACGAACUCUGAUGGGUACCACGCCGUGGAUCGGAUUGAAGAAGAUCUUGGACCAGAAGUUCUUGAGGUCGAGGCUCUCACGGGGAGGGAGGAUGAAGUUCCAGCAUACGAGCUUGAUGUCUACAUGCGUCCCUAUGUCAAUGAGUUAGACCGCACCAUUGCAUAUCGCGUUUUCCAACUGAAUCCAUACAACUACGACGCCUUCACUUGCCAAUUCCAAGCAAUUUGUCAACGCGAGGGCAUCUGGGACGUCUUCGGCGGCAACACAACUCAUCCUUCACCACCUGUCGAACCUGUUGGUGUGAACACUGCAGAAGAUCAGGAUAUUGCACAGGGUUACAAAGCCACCUGCCGUAUCUACGAGGAAGAGAAAAAGGAAUUUGUCAUUAUGCAGCGAAAGUGCCUAGGCUGGUUGUUUUCCACGAUUGGGGAGGACACUCGCGAAGCUUUGGUGGGAUACACAGAGCCGCUUGAGGCGCUAGAGAUUCUGGCAGAGGGAAUCGACGUCGUCGACAUUCAGGCUUUGAUGGCAAAGAUCGGAGAAUUGCUGAAGAAGGCAUAA